AUUCUUUGUAUAUGACGUGAAACAAUAAAUUAUUGCAUCUAGUCAGGAGCAGCUAUCGUUACGGCCAUACGAGAAAAAUUACACAUUGCAUUCUGAAAUCACUUUACAUCGUACAUCCAGCUUUUUUUUUUUCUAUCGAAAUGAAUAGACUGGUCGUAACUAACAACAGGAUUCCAGGAUUGUGUCUGCUUGUUCCGCACAUUAAAUAACGUAUGUCUAAUGAAAUUCGUUAUCACAACAAGACAUUACGGCACAAAUCAAUAGUCAAGCAGUUAAACCGACUGGUAACCUAAAAUUCCAUUCACGAAAUCUUACAGGAUUUUUUUAACCGCUAAUGCUACUCGAGAGAUUUUGACGAGAUAAGCAGAACAAUUAAAUGACAUUGGAUGAAAAUCUUUAAAGCAGGAUAGGUUAACAGAUUCUAGUAAUGCAGGACGUACUGUUGAUGACCCGAUAAUUUGAUGGGUAGUGGCUUCUAAGGAUUUUAACGUCAACGUUAAUAAAAUUGCUGCCGUUUUCCGUCCGCGGUGUUGGCAACCCUAUCGCCGCUCUGUGACGUCAAUAGCGGCCGUAUUUCGUCAGAUUCGAAGAGUAAGCCGUCUCAGUGAUCCGGGGAGCGCAAGCCAAGGCGGUUGUGCGUAAACGCCGCAGUUGGUUAUUGUGAAUCUAUAGUGGUGUGUUGGAACAGAAAUGGCAACUGAAAUGGAAUCUGCUUCUGAUAUGAAUGAUGCUGGCACACAGCUUUUGGAAGAAGAAAAACGUCCUACUGUUUUGCCGUUAGAAACAGCAAAAAAAGCGAAACCAGCUGGCGCUGAGCAAGACGAUGGAGCGACGGAAAAGCUAGUCUCGAAUGAAAAAAUUAACUCCAAUAAAGAUGCUUCCGAAGUAAAGUUCUUGUCGGCAGAUUCACAGAAUGGAGACGCGAAGAUUGACAUCGAAAAUCUAAAGCUAGCUUUCACUGGGAUGACGAAAGAAGAAUUGAUGAAAUUUGCAAAUGACCCUUUUUGGAUCCGUUUGAGAUGGCUGCUUUUCGUCCUGUUUUGGCUUUUAUGGGUAGCUAUGCUAGCAGGUGCGAUUGCGAUUAUUGUGAUGGCCCCGAAGUGUGCACCACCGGCUCCAUUGAAAUGGUGGGAAGAAGGGCCGCUGUAUGAAAUUUACGUCAGGUCAUACAAAGACGGUGGCGUGGACCAGGAUGGUAUAGGGGAUAUCAAAGGUGUGACUUCAGAAGUAAAGUACGUUGACGAACUGGAUAGCACAGGCAUAAUUUUAUCAUCUAUUUUCAAGUCAGAAAAUCAGGAUCCCGAUGCUGUUGAAAGUUUCACAGAAGUAGAUCCAAUAUAUGGGUCACUGGAAGAUUUUAAAGAACUCCUAUCAGCCGUUAAGAACAGGAGUUUGCACUUGGUACUAAAUUUUAUACCGAAUCACACCAGCAAGAAACAUCCUUGGUUUAUUGCAUCAGAAAAUGGUAGUGACAUCUACAGUGAUUAUUACGUGUGGGCUCCAAGCAAAGGACAGAAUGAUGAUGGAGAAAUACCACCUAAUAAUUGGGUCAGCGUUAAUGGUGGAUCAGCAUGGGAGUGGAGCAGCAAACGAGGAAUGUUUUACUUGCAUCAGUUUGGUAAAGAUGAGCCGGAUCUAAACAUGAGGAAUCCGAAAGUUGUUGCUGAAAUAAAGAAAGUGCUGCAGUUCUGGUUGGAACUUGGUGUUAGUGGAUUCCAGUUAGAAAAGGUGGAGUUCCUGCUAGAAGAUGAAGAGCUGAAAAAUGAAACUCCAUUACCUGUUCCAAGUGAUGCCACCCAUUUAGACUGGGACUUCUACACACACCUCCAUACAACUAAUCUUCCUGGGAUAGUUGAUAUACUCACUCAAUGGAAGGAAGUCAUUACAAGUUAUGGUGAUGACAGGAUUCUUAUGGUCAAAGGAAAUGCAUCAAAGAAUGCACUGCAUCAAUACACUAAAAAUAAUGGCACAGAUUUAGUGGAUUUGGUUCAGCCGACAGAAACUUUCUCUCUUCUGAAGGAAGGAUUUACUGCUGAUGAUUUGAAUGACAUCGUGAAGAGAGUUUUGGACAGCAGUAACACUGGAAAUAUUGGACGUCCUGUCUGGCAGUUAUCGGGUGGACACAACGAACGUAUUGCUACACGUGUUUCGAGAGAAGCUGUGGAUGGCCUUACCAUGCUUGUUAUGCUUUUGCCGGGAACACCAAUUACCCUGUAUGGAGAUGAAUUAGCAAUUGAAGGAGCAAGUAACAUAUCAAUGCCCUGGAACAACUCGUCACAAACCGGGUCUUCACAGGCAUCUUCUGCAGGUGAUACUGGUAGCAUUAGUUUUGAUACCAUUGCAUCAUCUCAGCUGACUGAUAGUCACUUGAACCUGUAUAAAGACUUAGUGAAACAGCGUGAGUCGCCAUCUAUAAUGUAUGGCUCCUGUGACACUUCAGUCAUAAAUGGCACAGUGUUUGUCAUGACAAGAAUUAAAAGUGGCAACCCGGGAAUCUUGGUUGCCUUCAACCCCAGCAGUAACAAUGUUACUGUCAAUUUGAACAGCAUUGAUAACAUAUCAGAAGAACUGACUGUGCAGUUACAAAGCUCUAAUUUUGUGCAUGAUACUGUCAGACUGAAGUCAAAGAUAGAUACUGAUGAAGUUCCAUUGCCUGCAAAAGCUGCAUUGGUUCUCAGUUUUGUUCCGAAGCUGACCUCCUAAAUGCACACUGACAACUGUCAUUAAAACAGUGGAUUUUAAUUUAUUUGUACACUAGCAUAGUAUUUAAAAUUUGACCUGCUCUCAGUAUUUUAAUAACUGUAACACAUGUGGUGAAUGACUUCAUGUAGCCACUUGAGAUUGUCCAUAAACAUUGGCAUUUUUCAGCUUGGCAAACUAAUACAA